GAAUAAAUAGCCAUUAGCCAUACUAGCGUAAUGAUCAACCGCGCUUGGCAGGAUAAUAGAUAAAAAUAAUAAUAUUACCGUAGUUGAACUGGUUUCACGUUUCUUCAAUCCCACGUGGCAUUUACAUGGGCCUUUUCAGUUUAUUAGAGUAAUGAAAUCCAGCUGGUACUGGUAGUGGUUAUCCUCCUCCAGCUCUCCGUCUCUUCCUCUUUAUUUUAUUCAUUUAUUACUCCACGCAACACAACGCGACUUGGUUUCUUUCCAACUCUUAAAAUCCCACCUGUCUCUCGCCUCUUCUUCACUACUCCACCUCACUAUAUAUAACACAAAACCCUUCUCUUCUUCCCUGACCUCUACUUGCUCUCCCUUGCUCUCUGUAGCAUUAGCAAAUAAGCAAGCAGAGCGUCCAAAUCCAUGGCUGCCUGUGGUAGCCUUCAACCCAUAUUCGAGAAGCCGUUACCGGAGAAUCCAACGCUAAUAGAGUCGUUGUCGCAAUGGAAUCUACAUCAGAUGAAAACCAGAAAUCCUCUCGACCUAUCCUCCUUCAAUGAGAUCUUCGGAGAACUUCAUUUCCAGGAGAAGAACAAAAACCCUAAUUCCGAUCCUUCUUCACCCCUGAUUGAAGAUAAAGGGGGAAAUGCAAAUGAUGAGAAGGAGAAUGACAACGACGACGAGGGAAAUUUAUCAUUAUCAUCAUCGAUUUGGUCUUCAUCGUUGGACAACCACAACCAAUUCGAAGGCUUCUGUUGCAAGAAUUCGGAAAGCCUGCAACUCUGUACCGAAGGCCUCGGAUCUGAGAGUGCCGAUGAUGUCGAGGACUCUGAUCCCAAUAACGCCAACUGCAAUAGGGUCAUUUUUUAUGAUAGCAACAAACGAGAGGACGAGAAGGAGGCAGCGAGUAUUACGGAGCAUUCCUUGGUGGACAGUAACAGUACCAACCCCCUCCUCCCCUGCUUAGAGUCUUACUCUGGCAGCAGGAGAUUCAUCCCCAGGACCACCGCUAGUUCAGGGGCUUCCUCCUUCCCACCACCAAUUUCUUGUAUAGGGAGGGGUGGGAAACCUUGGGUUUACUUCAGAUCCUAUCGACAUGAUGGGAGGUUCGUCCUUAAGGAGAUGAGGAUCCCUACCCAUGAGUUCCUUAGUGCUUGUCGAGAAGACGGACGUCUCAGGCUUCAAUUUGUUCAGCCCGACGAAGAAAUCCCUGAAGAAGAAGAAGAAGAAGAAGAAGAAGAAGAAGAAGAAGAAAGAAGAAGGAAAAAUUGACCGUAGAGCUUCACA